AAAACUGGUUUCUGUGGGUAGCGGAAGGGGUGGUAACUGGGUGGAAUAUAAAUUUUUAUUGCAUCACCUUGUCAGUAGCGUCCAAUCAGAGCCCGUUUCGAGAGGCAAUAAUUGAUGAAGGUGUCUGUGCACUUGCCCUAUUCCACAUUUCAUAUAGCUUAAGCAGCAAAGGGAAUUGCAGCUGCAUUUACGGUCUUAUUUUCUCUCUCUCUCUCUCAUCAGCUCUCCCUUUUCCCUCUCUCCUCUCUCUGAAUUCCUCUCACUCUGGUGGAGCAGUUUACCUUCCUCUUCUCCAUUUAGCAAUUGGAGAGAGCAGCGAAAGACCGCAGGUAUAAGAAUCCGGGAAGACAGCAGCCUGCCUGUCCGCCGCAUUCCACACGUUUCUUCCGCCAUACCGGGCCCCUAGUAAUGGAUUAAUUGCUUUAUGUGCUUCAUUUUUUUAGCGAUUCUUUUUGCGACGUUUAGUUAUAAAGGCAGUGCGGACGCACUGUUAUCAGCAGGUCUGACGACACAAUGCCUUCAGAUAAAGGAACAGUUUGCCUUGGAUACUCAUCGCACCAGAUGUGGGAACUGAUACAAUAGAGAAAAAUGGGAGACUUGGAGUCUGGUUUUGAAGAGAUGGAGGGGGUGAAGCUUGGUUACUUGGUUAUUGAGGGCAAGCAAAUGUUUGCCCUUUCACAAGUCUUCACGGACCUCUUGAAAAACAUUCCGAGGACAACUGUGCACAAACGCAUGGACCACUUAAAAGUAAAGAAACACCACUGUGAUUUGGAGGAAUUGCGAAAACUCAAAGCAAUAAACUCUAUAGCCUUCCACGCGGCGAAAUGCACGCUGAUUUCCAGGGAAGAUGUGGAGGCUCUGUACGUCUCCUGUAAAGCGGACCGCUUACCAAAAUCCAAAAAGCGAAAAUCAAAUUCGCGCCCACCAGACCUCUACGAUGGCCAGAUUCGCCAUGAACCCCGCUAUAAUUUUUGGAAAAAACACGUCUGGUUUCGCUUGCAUGAUGCCUCUCAGCCCUUCUCCUUUAAGCACACAGCUGGACGACAGGAGGUCGCCUCGUCCCCGGCUUGCAAUCUACCUCAGAUUUAUAGCAAAUUCAUCAGCCAUAGCUGCGAAGCAGUCAGCAGGACGGCUUGCAGAGCCUCCAAAAACUAUGAAACAGCUGAAAUACCUGGCAGCCGCGUAACGUUUAAUGCGAGCCAUUCGUUUUUUCGCAACGUGGUUUGCAGUCGCCAGCCAGUGCUAUACCAUUCCGCCAUUGCGGCGCAGUCCAGCCUCUCUAGCACAGCCGGCCUAAUUUAUAAAAGGAAAAGAGAGCAGGAGGGCUCAGGGAGGGAAUUGUGCAACACGAGCAGGCACCGUCGCCAGGUUUUUCUUUUCCCAAAGUGCUGCAAGCCAAAAGUAUCCAACGGUACUUUAAACAAAUUUCACCUUGAGCCGGAGUUAUUCCACGACCACCAGCAAGCCGAAAGUUUCCAGGAGAGCUGCAGCAGCGACACGGAGUCCACUUCUAACUCUGAAAGAGGUAAUUAUGACUCUGAUUUCGGGUCAUGUCUGUCUACCAGCACCAACUCCGGGACCUCAGACGACGACGAAGAUGAUUCCCUGUCAGAAUCGUCAGAUGUCACGGACGACAGUUCUUCCCAAUCCGAUUCUAGCUCCGUAUCGAGCCGGGUCUCUUUACAGAGUAUUCGGUUCAGGCAAACGAGCUUGUCAGCUCUCAACAAUAAAACGCAUUUGGCGCCACUGCCUGCUGUUCACUAUAAUAACCAACACAAGACAACAGAUAAAGGCGGAACAACUUUGUUUGAUUAUGGUCUUUCAAAACUAUACCUUAAGAAAUCUGACUGUACUCCCGAUGGUGAUAAGCAGGACGCCGUCAGGUCACCCAAGCAGUGCAAACAUUGCCCGCUUGACCCGGGAAGGGAGAGGGAGCGACUUUCUGGGUCAUUCUUUGAAAUUCCAGAUCGUCCAGCACGAACUGACCCCAAAACUGACAGCGCUAAAGAAAUAAGUCCUUCGCCUUUCUCAAAGAAAAACAAAGACUUUCCUGCACAAAGAGUACCGGGAGAAGCAAAAGAAUCCCACGAAGCCUGGAUAUCACACUGUGCUCAAUAUAAAGAAACAACAGUUUCUAAGUACAGCGACAGCAAUACUUCAUUAACCGCAAAUUUCACGAAAGAAGCAAAAAUUAGCAAAGGCACGAAACACGAUCAACCUAUCAGGAACAUCAAGGAGGACGUGGAGGAUCUGUGCGCACCCUCAAAUUAUAACCACGGGAAUAACGCGGAAGCAGAAACGCAGCCAAGUUUAUUACCCAAUGUGAAAAUCAAAGAAGAAAACAGCUCUGACGAACGCGAGUACUCCUGUCAAGAUUCUGCAGUUGGAUCCCAAUACGGAUUGAGCCCAACAGAGCCAGGAAUUGUUCACUACUUUGUUGAUGGUGGCGACUUUACGGAUUCCAAAAAUUCUUAUAAAUCCAACAGGGCAAACAACACUGUAUACCAGAAGUCUCCAGCAAGGAGGUCGGGAAUUAUAAGCACUUUAAACACUACUUAUCCGGAUGAGGGAGAUUAUAAAAAUGGUGCUAGGGUUAGGAAAAACUACAGGACUUUGGUACUGGGAAAACAAUAUGGGAAUCCGAGGACGCAUGCUAAAUUCAAUGCAAAAGUUAACAGGACGCCAAGUACAGGUAAAUCCGAAUAUUGUGAAGGAUCUGAGGAUUAUAUAACUUCGAGUAAACGCAGACGCGCCUCCAGCAACGCGUCAGUUGUGAAAAAAACCUUUAACUUCAUAGCAAAUUUUCCACCGCCUCCAUCGCUGAUUAUUGGCAGCGAUGGGGAUCUGUGUCCCGCUUAUUCUUUAAGUUCAACGAAGAAUAACCAAACGCCUCAUAGAUCGCAUCCCGUGUGGAAAUGGCAGCUCGGGGGCCCCGCUCUACCUCUUCCGCCCAGUCACAAAUUCAGGAAAUUUUAGUCUGGGGAAUGGUUUGCCUUUGUGUUUCUGACGUCUUCUGAACCGAUCGAAAACCAAUGAGUGAUUGUUUUAUUUGCAUACGUUUAAUUUGCUGGGCAGCAUUUCCACGUCGUUACUGGACUUUAAUGGGAAAAAAAAAUUCUCAGCCUUUUCUGGAACAGUUUCGUUUUUAUCAUGCCCUUUUUAUACCUAUCUCAAGGAUGUAUACAAAUAAACACAAAACCCACUUAAAUCCAGGUGCCGUUAAUGCAGAACAAUUUGCAAAAGUGUUCAAAGCAACCGUUGUUGUUUCUCGCGUCGACUAAUUACUAUAGUCCACUGUAAAAUUGUAUCCUUCAUAUGUGUACUGAAUGUAUCGAGACUGAACGACUCAUCUGCGUUAAUGUUUUAAAUAUCUUAAAUCUUUGUGUUCAGAACCACUAGGGAGUUCGCUUUUCAUAUUUGGGGCAUUACUAAACUGUGUUUUUUUAUUCUCCACGAACACGUACGUCGUUGCCUUCAGUCGUAGAAUGUUUUAAUUAUGUUCCUAUGCUUUUAGGAAAUAAUGAUGUUUCUGUUGUGAAUUUAUUUUAUUUUGUAUGUUUUUCUUUUAUCGUUGACGGUUAUGCUCUUGUUUUAUUGAGCUCACAAAGAAAACAGCCUGCGUAAAACUCGUAUAGGCUCACCACAGCCGCCCAUUAGUACUGACAAUCAGGAUAAACUUUUUAUAUUUGCACAAAAAAGCAAGACAAAAAAAAUCCGUUUUGUGCUGGAACAUUUUUGAAGGUAAUGCAGGGCACUGAAUAAAAGCACAAGCUUAGGAUAUGUUGCACUUUGAAAGGAUCCUGAGGCCUGUUUCAGCAUGUGGGCCGAGUGUGUCUUAAGUCGUAAAGCAGGCCUAUCCGAUGGUUAACACAGCUCUCUUUCCACUAUUUUCAUAAACGACUCUAAUAAUCCUCACAACUGCGAACCUCAUCUUUGGCAGUAAUUUAACAUCUGAGUAUUACGGUUGAUUUUAAUAAUUACGUUAUGUACAAUAUUUUAAACGUUAUAACAAAAUUAACUGGUCGGACCUACAACAAAAUUACAAUGUGUUAGAGUAAUACAUAAGCCGCACUAUACAUUUUAGAUGGUAUUUAACUAAGAUAUUGGUCGAUAACGUGAACUACUUGCAAACCAGGUCUAAACCUUAGUCAGGGUUUUAGUUGAUGUUUUCCUCUCAUAACCAAAAUAGGCUACAAUAAGCUAUAAAUAUUGUACAAUUACAACUGUUGUCAGUAUAAUAGCAUAAUUAUCACUGUAUUGACAGAUCUGCCGGCUUAAAAGCUUUAUAACUCAACGGAAAAGUAAGAAUUUUCAUGAAACUCGCUAUUUUAUGCCAUCAGAUUUGUUGUACCUGGGUACACAUUUAUGCGUCUGUUAUGCGUUUCAAUCUAUUACCAAUUUAUUUGCUUUUUUUUCUCCCCAUAAAAUACAUUGUGGCUAUCCCUUUGUAGGCCACGUUACUUUUGUGACAGCCUGCCUCAGACAUAAUUAAAUAAUCUUUUUGAGUAGUGUGUACUGACAACAACCCAGUUUUCAUUGCAAGGAACCAUUCAUUUGCAGUUUCAUGCUUCGCAAUAUGACCCGGACUAUAGGAUUUCUGCAAAAACUGAAUUUCCAGUCCUACUAUUAGGCGUAUACACUGGACAAAACUUAGUACUGUGAUUAUCCGUGCUGAAUAUCGGUAGCCCUUGGAUGUAACCUAGGCAAAACGAUGUACAUGCCUCGAUACGACUGUGGGUAUUUAUCCGUCCCUUGUCCAGCUUCUGUUUUGUGUCAUAUUUAAUGGACAUUUAAUAAAAUCGAUUUUACCUUUAAUGUUAUUUAUUUUUAGUAGAUGAAACGUAAUGUAUAUAUUGGCGGAAAAAACAACGUCAAUCAGACAACAAAUCGUAACUUUUCUACUCAUAUAUGUCGAUGAAUAAAUGCACGUAACGCGUCUACA